CUCUCGGGUUCGCCAUCGGCCCAAAUCAACCAUGGUCGAGGACACCUUCCGCAUAGUCAAGCGGACUUUGACCAAUGCGUGUCCGUGAGAACUCCCAAUGUGCCUUCAGGGACUGCGUUUUGUGUUAAAAUUCGGCAUUGUCUUUCGUGGACUGCUGGGCCCAGCAAUGAGCCGCCCGGUGGCUGGUCGCACUACCGGAUGACGUUUGAGGUCGAGUGGACUAAGAGCUCGUGGAUCAAGAAUGCGAUUGAAAGGGGGUCGAAUGAUUCGAAUAAGCAGGCGGGCGAGGCCUUGGAGAAGUUCAUCAGGGAGUGGAUCGCGAAGCAUCCGGAUAUGGAGGUCAAGGCUAGAGCCGGAAUAGUGCCUGCCACCAACGGAGGAUCCAGUGGAGCGGCGGCAGCGAAUAAAAAGGGCAAGGCGCAUAAGAGAGGCAGCAGGAAGCGGAUGGAGAGUCCCAGGGGGCUGCGCAUGGAAGAGCUCGUGGUGGCUGUGGAUAAGGGAUUGAACACUGCGACUGCGUCUGAACCAUCCAAUCUGUUGAGGAAAAGUAGUCAGCGGCACACAACUAAUUCUACUACCGGUGCCGAUAUCAACGCUGCUGUUGCUGCUGCUGCUGGUGGUGGUGGUGGUGGUAGUUCAAAGGCGACUGAAUCUCGGGUUUCGGCCGCGUCGGCAGCGGCAACCAGCAUCCUGGGUGGCUUGCGCGAUCUUUCCGCGGUGCAUGUCCUGUUCAGCUGGUCCUUGCCAUAUUCAUCCUCGGACAAUGUGUUUGCCGAGGUACGUGAGCUGCGUGCGAGCGUAGACCGACUGCAACCGCUAGACUGAAAUCUCUUUGAAAUCAAUGCAUUUAAGAACAAAAUAAAAAAUA